AGAGUAGCCGUGUGACUAGAAGAAACUUGAGCAUGAGAUGAUGUGGUAGACGUUCGCUACUGCUUUUUUCUGAAAAGUCCUUUUGAGAUCUGUUCUUAGACGCGUGUUUAGUGGACAUUGCUAUGGAGGGUCUUGCGCUGAUUUAUGAAACCCGCAUCGGCCGAUUCAACAAUAUACGGAUUCGCGGCAGACAUGUUCAGUUGUGGUUGGUAGAUGCCUAUCAUCUGUAUGAGCUUGACAGGCUGCUGCAGGAGGAUGAAGCACAAUACCAGUUUGCCUUUAAGUUUGUCCGCGCUUUCCCACAGAUACAGAAAUGGUCCCAAUUGAUCAUACUCAUCAGAGCGCUGCCGUAUCGUACAUGGGAGCUACAGGCCGCCAAAAAGUGGUACGGCAAGCUCCAUGUACUUCUACGCCUGAAUACCCAGUUCCACUUUUUCGGAUUGUGGCUCUCGACAUUGGGCGGUGCCCAUUCCGCACUAGGUGAUACAGAUCGCAGUCACGCCAUCAGGGCGUUCCAUCUCGGAGUGCAACAGAUGCGAGUUGCGCAACGAAUGGGAAACACCUAUCUUGAGUACAUGUGUUUACUCCACUUGUCGCACGGGAUGAUCCAAUUGGAGCAGUACACCGCCGCCAGACACGCCAUUGAACGGUGCUGGAAGGUGCGACAGGCCUCGUUCAAGUACGACGACAAGUUCACUCAAAGUUGCCAAGCGGCCUGGCGCCGACUGAAUAUUGCGCUGCGCAAACGGAGACUAAAGAGACUGGAGAUGGCAAGUGGCUGACGUUACAGCACCGCCGUAUAUACUAGUGCACUCUGGUAGAAACCAGGAGAAUGCAUGCAUGACUAACAGGGGUUGGCAGUUGGCGCAUGAGGGUGAAAGGGUGAAUAAAUCUACCCACGCAGCGUAUGCCGUAUCUUCACAGAAUCCUUCGUAAACACACAUAAAUGCCUGUACGCCCGGAAUUGAAACCGCAAUUUCCGAAAAGCGGCAUGCCUCACUCUGUAAAAGAGAUGGCUGGUGCGAUCAUCCAAGUGAUUCGUACUAUUGAAAAUGCAUAUAACAUGACAAGUCU